CUCAAGUGCUCCGCUUGGCAAUUGCUUUUCCCAGUCUCGUUAGCAUGACUGCUAUUUCGGGGCUCGAUCUACUGUAAUGUCCAGACAAACAAUCCAGCAGCAGAAUGUGGUCAAGGUUGGCCAAGAUGACGACAUUGACGAGCUUUUAAUCCUCGACUUGCCCGACGACUGGCAGGCACAAUUUCCCCAUGAUGAGGAGGAUUGGUGUCAGACAUGCCGAUGGGAUGGCUCGUGGGAUAGCCUCCUCCUCCGUUGCAAGCAGCGUGCACCGGCUCUAGACAAGCUCAGCCGAGCCAGUCUCCGCGCUUCUGCAUCGGCCAGCAACUUGUGCUGUGCCGUUCUCCUGGGUCUUCUGUGUCAUGCCAAUGGCGGUGGCCAUGGACGUAUUUCGCUCAGUGAUGACGCCGAUUCAUGGGUCCGUCUCGAUGACUGGGAAGGCUGGGGGGCUCAGACAGAUUUGGGAAUCCUCUUCAAAUUAUACGCAAGCACGUCCGAAAGACCUCCUCCAGGGGUUCCAAGUUACCCCCCAGGGAACCCGCCGCCUACUUACACUGGGUCGGAGAGGAGCUUCUCUUGGGCGAGGGAUCAGAUCGAGCACUGUUCGAAACACCAUCUUGGAUGCCAAUUGCCAGAGGAAGGCUCGUCCGGUUUCAUACCCUCCAGGCUUGUUCAUAUCCCCUCAGAUCCUAAAGACGGAGUCCUCCUACGGCUCCGAUCCGAUAUCCCAGAUGGCACCAAGUACGCAGCCUUGAGCUAUUGCUGGGGCAAGCGUCCUACUUGGCCAGAAUGCCGGACCACGCGAGAGAACCUUUUCAAGCAGAUGCACAGUGUAUCCUGGACGUCUCUCCCUGCGACUCUCCAGGACGCAGUCGAGGCCGCACGGCGGCUAGGUCUCGAGUACAUAUGGAUCGACUCCAUAUGUAUCAUUCAAGAUGACGAGGAGGACUGGCAGGUCGAGUCAAUGCAGAUGGCAACAGUCUACGCGCACGCUCAGGUCACCCUUUGCGCUGCCGUUGCAUUGGACACCCGCACCGGAAUUUUCAGUCAACGCGACGAGAAGAGCCUCAGUCACAUUCUCACCAUCAGAUUCCGCGGCAAGGAAUAUCCUAUUUACGCUUUCCAUGUCCCACAAGAGAGCGGCAGGAUAGAGCCAAGACUGCUGGCAGACAUCUGGCGGGGUUCCUUGGAAAGGAGUCUUGAGUACUCGGUGUUCAACCGGGCAUGGGCUUUUCAAGAGAGGCUGGCGUCACGACGCGUGCUCCUCUUUGGCAAGGAAGAGCUCGUCAUGGAGUGUGCUUCUGGAUGCGUGUUUGAGGAGAGCGUGUAUCGGCUGCAUCCACCCCAAUUAAGCGACAGGACGCUGAAGGCAGCCUACGCAGGCGCGAUGGACUCUCCUAGGAAGCUGUGGUGGGAGAUCGUCUACACGUAUAGCCACCUCAAGCUCACCGUCCCCACUGAUAGGCUUCCCGCCAUUGCUGCCGUGGCUCAGCGUCUUGCCUCGCACAGCCCAACGGACGAGUACAUAUGUGGGCUGUGGCGGAACUCGUUGCUCAGCGAUCUUUUGUGGGAACGAGUAUUGAAUAACCUCGGAAAAGGCGAAUCUCCCCUCAUUCUCUCAAGCUGGGGCUCUGGCUCCUAUGUCGCACCGUCGUGGUCAUGGGCUUCGUUCCGCAGCAAGACCAGGAAUAUCUCAAACAUUGUGCAGCCCUUGAGCAAAGUACUCGACGUGACUCUCGAGUACAGGGACAACAGCAAAUUUGGGAGGGUUUCUGGUGGGCUUCUGAAAAUGAGUGGCCCCAUGAUUGACUUGGAAUGGCACGUGAGAGCACAUUGGGCAUACCCUCAAUUCAUUGAUGGUGAGCAGCAGAUGUUCGUGCCCGGUGUCCCUGACCAAAAGGUCGUCUUCUCGGUUGACUACGACUUCUACAAUGGCUUGGAAGCGCCGAACCCCGGUGACAGGAUCUUGGUGCGGUGCUUGAUCAUUGGAUUCGACGAGAACGGAUCGCUUGGGGGCCUUGUCUUGUACCGGAUUGGGAGGAGUGAAUGCUACUGGCGCCUGGGAACUGUACAUGGAAGUACAGACCUAACCAUGCCAAGUCGCGACAGUAUCGAUUGGGCAGAAAUGCUCAAUUCCUACAGCCGUGUUGAAUCUUGCAUAAUACAAUGAGGAAGAUAUCGCAAGGUACACAGCGUCAGGCCAUAAUCGUCAGCUCUAGGCACCUCGUGCACACGGACAACUUGCCGAACUUGAAGUACAGAUGGCAUUGCCCCCACCCAAGCCCCCCCGCCCCCCAAAAAGAAGAGCAACACCGCUCUAGGUCCUAAUCCUCGUGGUAGCAGGGGGUCCAGCGGGAAUGAGCACGGCUCUGCCUGGCGCGUGUCUUUCAUGCGGUAGUUGUGUUCCGACUCGGGACUCGGGCGUGUAUCGAAACCAC